GGGAAUCCAUCAAGCUAUUCAGAAAGUGGGAAAGCCCUUGAAUUUCAGGCCGCGGAGGAAUAUAAAAGAUGGCCAGUGUUGGAAUGAUCAUCACACUUCUUUCUCAGCUGUCCACAGAAGAGCAACAGAAUCCCAACACUUGUCAAAAAUGAAAUUGUCGAUUGUCGCCCUCGCUUUCUUGGCUGUGGCUUUUGCUGCACCUCAAGGAGACAAGAAACCCAUUGAAAUUAUUUCGUCCAAUAGUGAAAUGAACGCCGAUGGCAGCUACUCUUUCGAUUUCGAGAGCGCUGAUGGAACCAAAGUGUCAGAGAGCGGAAAUCAGAAACAAGUUGGACCUAAACCCGAGGAUAUUGGAACCGUCUCCAAAGGAUCUUACUCUUUCACUACUCCCGAUGGUGUUGUCCUCACCGUCAACUGGGUCGCUGAUGAGAACGGAUUCCAGGCCACCGGUGAUCAUUUGCCUACUCCUCCCCCCAUGCCCGAGCAUGUCGUGAAGAUGUUGGCCGACUUGAAGGCUGCCGGUCUUCUGUAAAUCUGUCCAUGAAUUUCACCCAUCAAUUUGAAGCCAUACAAUCAAGAUUUUGGAUCCGUUUCCACUUUGUAAAUUCACUCAAAUUGUUCCCCUUUUUUAUCAAAACAAAAUACAGAGAAAUUGUUUCAA